GGUAGAGUUAGGUUAGAGCGAGGCCAUCUAAUCAUCGCAUCAAGAUGAAAAUAACAUCGCUUCGAUCCGUGUUAAGAAGUUGUACAAGUCUGGCGCAUAAAAUAAGAUCGUUAGCGUUUGUUUAAACCACAUAGCUGUGAGAGAUUUAUUAAACCAAUUUGGUCAGGAAAUAGUGGCAGAAACUUUCAACAAUAAUUGCAAUGAGAUGUAAAGGCAAAUUACGAUGGCCACUGCAGAACUGACCGCCAAUAGCGAUGUCCAAGGAGACACAGAACCAGAACAAACGAUAUCGCCAUCACCACCGUCAUCGUCGUCAGUUAUAAAGAAGUGGUUAAGAUGUUUUAUCCUCCUUGCUGUUAUCUUAACAUAUCUUUUUGUCGGUGCGUUCGUUUUUCGCGCAAUGGAGCGUCCGUUGGCAGUUCAAGCUCAUGAAGACUUCCAAGCAGCACUCCAUCAAUUUGAAUUGCAAAAUGAUUGUCUGUGCGAGGAGGAUGUCGAUGAACUCUUGAAUAUCGUAAUGAUGGCUCUACGGGAAGGGGCCUAUGUCGGUGGAGAUCGUUACGCUAAUCUGAUGAUUGGGGGUAUAAUCAAUGAAACUUCUUUUGCACGUAUGUGGUCUUAUAAACCAAAUUUCAUAUUAGUCACGUCAGUUGUAACAACAGUAGGGUUCGGGUAUACAACACCACGCACAGAUAGAGGUCAGUUCUUCUGCGUUAUUUAUGCUAUCAUGGGCAUACCGUUCCUUGGAACCAUAAUCUGGUCCGUUGGUAAAAUACUGCAGUCGUUUGCCCAACCCGUAAUCAAGAUUUCUAAGAGACUCCACAUCAGCGUGGUAACCCGAAGUUGUUUCUGGACACCUUGGGUAUUUUUCUUUAACCUCCUGUUAGCGUAUAUUUUAUUGAUGGUUCCAUCAAGUGUCAUUCAUUAUCAUACCCAAAAAGACUGGAGCUGGCUACAAUGUAUGUAUUUCGCUAUGGUAACGAUGACCACCAUAGGAUUUGGCGAUAUAGAGGUGGAAAAUCACCCAGGAGGUGCAGAACCUGUCCGAUUUUUCAUACAGAGUGGUCAUUUUUUCCUCCUGAUCACCUGCGUGGCUAUACUCUCCAUCAUGUUUAACAACGUCUCCAAGGCUGAACGACAAGGUGUCGAAGACAUCUCUAGUCGGAUCUUAAACCUCAAGUUAAAGCGCCGCCUGCAGCAUCAUCGGAAAGCUACACGAGAUGGAGAAACAAGCAUCCAAGGAGGCAGUUCUGAAUAGUCAGGAGAUCACAUUAAAAGCAGAUAUAGAAAAUAUACUUCUAUGGCCAUGUACUGUUUUAGUCAAAUAUUUUUUCCACGUGGACAAUUAUUAUUCAUCUGUGUGGGUUACAAUUUCCUUAACAAGGAGCCCAUGGAUUCUUCAACAUUGUAGCCAAUGCCUAUAUUCUCACCAAAUAUAUACGCAGGCCCUGCGAAGUGGAAGAAACAAGAGUUUAUUAGCUUUUUGAAAGCAAUUGCUUAUAAAUAGUAGCUAGAAUGACAUAUCAUACAGUUAUAGGCCUAUAAUAAUAUUGACUGACUUUAAUUUUCGUGAGAUACCACAUAACAUUUCCCUUAACCAACUAUUAGAGAAGACUGGCGAAUACAGACAACCCUAGUGCGUGGCAUUUGUAGACUUCGCACAAGCUUUGGACGGUAUAGAAUUUCAGGCAGUAACAACAGCCUUACAGGUACAAGGUGUGCACCAUAAUUACAUCAAACUCAUUCAGGAAAUGUAUAGCCAAGCAACUGCAACCAUUCACCUGCACAAAGACAGUAAUGAAUUCCCCAUCAACAGAGGAGUGCGACAGGGAGAUACCAUUUCACCCAAACUGUUCAACGCUGCACUGGAGGAAAUAAUACGUAAAUUAGACUGGGAAAGUACGGGGCUAAACAUUGAAGGUGAGUGUCUCGCUGAUGAUGGCCACAAGCUAGAAAAUAUGCUCAACAAACUCAACACUGAACGUAACACAGUAGGCCUGAAGAUCAACAUGAAAAAGACAAAAGUAAUGUUCAACAAAUUUGCUACAGAGCAAAGAAUCAUAAUGGAUAAUUCUGAAAUCGAGAGAGUAGAUCAUUAUAUCUACCUUGGGCAACACGUCAGAAUGGAUCAUGAGCAACUGGAAGAAGUUAAAAGGAGGACAAGAGCUGGAUGGAUCGCUUUUGGGAAUUUCAAUGACAUUAUGAAGAGCAAUAUGCCAAUUUGCCUUAAGAGUAAAAUCUUUAACCAAUGUGUUAUACCGGCAAUGACCUAGAUGGUUCUGAAACCUGGUCUGUAACAAAGAAAAUGGAACAGAAAUUAAAAACCACUCAACACAGUAUGAAACGUAUAAUGCUACGGAUAUCAAAACGUGACAGAAAAACCAUACAAUGGAUUAAGAGCCAGACUGGGGUAAUAGACAUAAUCAAACCAAUUAAAUCAAUGAAAUUGAGAUGGGCUGGCCACCUUGCAAGAUCAUAUGAUAAUAGGUGGACCAAACGCAUCACAGAAUGGAGACCAUGGCUAGGAUCACGAAAUCGGGGUAGACAAAAAUUGAGAUGGAGUGACGAGCUCACAAAAUUCAUUGGCAUAAAUUGGAUUGCAUCAGCACAAGACAAGCACCUUUGGCACCAACUUGAGGAGGCCUUCACCUUGCAGUGGGCUGAACAUGGCUGAUAUGAUGAUGAUGAUGAUGAUUUCCCUUAGUUGACCCAUAUUGCCCUCGUCAAGACUUUGGCAAUAUAUGAGACUACUUCAGGAAAUAUACAUGGUAUCUCCCUCAAGGCCCGUCAAUAUUGUAUAAACAUGAUAAAUAUCGACCUAGGCAUAGGGUAAAAGCGUGUUCAGAUGGUCACGAACUAGCAUUUUCCCAAAAUUUCAUCAAGGGCAGUGGCGUUAGGAGACAGACAUUUUGAGGGGGCUAGACAUCACCUAUCAAGGGCAAAAUUCCUGAUUAAAACAGCUGCGAGCGAGUGAUGCGAGCAAGUAAAAAAAAUGACCUAUCUUUACCAAAAAAACCCUACUAUUCGGAAAAUAAUAUAACAAUUUACCAUUUUUUUUGUUUGUCUCCUUUUUGUCUUGUUAAACCUUUGAGAUCCAUCACCGCCAACACCCAUAUAUGUACGCCAGUUAUUUAGGAUAUCACUAAGGAGUCAGAAAUACAUGAGUUUGGUUGUCAUGUUUUUGUAUUCUUACGUAAAUUACAAUGACACAGAACGGACUAGGUGUCAAGUGGGUGACAUAAUUUUAUGGGGGGGGGGGGUCAUUAAAAUCCCUUUAAAUUGACUAUGUCCAAAAAAAAAUUAAUAAAAUGUUAUUGUCAUCUCAAUUAAAUUCAUUUAAAUAUCUAAAAUUGGUUCGGUUUUGGCAGUAAAACAUAAUUAUUUUGGAUUUAUUAAACAGUUAUUGAAUACAUAAUUAAAGGAAUGUAUGCGGGCGUGGGUUGUUGCACGUGCGAGGGUCGGUGUGUGUGCGUGUGUGUUGUGUAGGUGUUUUGAGUGGGUGUGUUUUUGUUUGGGAGCGCUCCUUCGAGCUUAGGGUGUUUUUGUGUUUAUGGCUGGAGGUAUGUGUGUGUGGAAGUGUGUAUAUGGAUAUGUUUGGUGGGUAGGUUUUGAUGUGAGAUGUGUGUGCGCGCGCAAAUUUGCAUUGUGUACAUUGCAUUUAUCUAACGAGUUAUAUUGAAUGUAAUUUCUAAUGGGAUAAUUUAGAAAAACUAGUACAGUACAGCGCAGUAACUAGCACUAGUACAGUAACUAGUAAAUGUGUUUAAAGAAGGUAAAUCUAUUGGUAACGUGUGUGUGUGUGUGUGUGUGUGUGCAAAGACGUAAUACCUGAAUAAAUAAAAGUUGUGUCAUUUAUUCCUCGUU